AGAAAAAAGUGUUGGUGCGGGGUGUAGAAAAUAGGGUACAAAAGUUUGGAUAAAAUUUUAACUUCAAAAAGCUGCCACUGGCAAACGGAGAGAGCAGGUGAGACGGAGAGAAUCGCGGGGGAGGAGCGUGGAACUGCCGUGCUGAGGAGACGACUCCGGCGAGGAGUGAGGAUCGAGAUCCCUAUUCCGGAUUUUCAGCGAUUCUCCAGGAACUCUUCAUUUUCUCACCCCCCACAGUGCUUCCUCACAUUCUCGUCCAUUUUCUGCAUACGCUGCCGUUUCUUCUUGGAACAGGUUCAAUUGCUAAGGAUAACAAAAGCAUCAUCUUGAAGGUAGAAAAAAGGAGAAUAAUGGCCAUGGUGGACAUGGUAAUGGAGCGGAGGGUGGACAUGAUGGUGGUGGGCACGAGGGGGGACAUGGGGCAGAUGGUGGACAUGGUGGUGGUGGGGAGGAGGGUGGACAUGGAAGAAAAGAAAAAAAGAAGAUAAAACAAAAACAGUGGAAUGAUGAAAUAGAGUACGCAAAAUAGAUUCUACACUAAAGUUUGAAGAGACGUUUAUGAUUGUUGAGUGUUGAUUGGAUACUUAAAAGAUAAAAGAAUAAAAAGAAGAAGAAAAAAAUGGAGAAGGGAGAUAAUGGAACAUGCAUGCAUUGAUAGGAUAUGACAUAGUAUUGAUAGGAGGAAAAGUAGGAACAAACCAGAGAAAGUGGUCGGAGUAGUCUUCACUCUUGGUGGAUGUCAUAAAAAUGCGCCCUUGCUUCCAUAAAUAUUAAAUAUUUGUAUUUGUGCCAGGGUGGCCUCACCAAGGGUCUCAAUGUUUAACCACAAGUGAUCUUCGUCGAAAUGUGCUGGAGUAGGAGACAAUGCAAAGAAAAGGUCAAGAAAAGCAUCCAUCCACACAUCAUCAUCAACAACAUUUAUAGCCACCCAAUCUCUUGCUAUUCUUUGACGCAGCGCGCUUCGGGGCAUUGAAUUGUUUGCAGUUGGGAAGGAGAGGUACAUAAUCCUUAUAAAAGACGCAAGUGUGAUGGCUAGACGAAAACCGAAGGUUCGAACUACAGCUCUCCAUGCAUUUUUCAUCAUCAACUUCGCAUGCCAUGCAUGCCUAAUGGCAUCGUAACAUCAUCACCAUCUUCAUUGUCAUCAUCUUCAUCCAAUGAUAGACGUAGAUGGAUUCUUGGGAUUCAUGCCAAUGGGAGGUUUAUCUGGGUUGAUAGAAUACUUCAGGUACUAUAGUAGGCUAAGUCAGGCAUGUUCCCUCGAUAUGACUUUAGUAUAUUUUCCAAUUGGGAGAAACAAAAAAACCGCAGUAUUAAAGAAAUCUGAAAAAUAAGCAAAUAUUAGAGACAUGCAAGUUUUUUUUUAAAUAAAAAAAAAUUAAUUUAGUAGAAUUAGUGAAAUGUUAAGGUUUAUUUAUGACCUUGCAGGAGAAUAAUGGCCAUGGUGGAUAUGGGAAUGGGGCGGAGGGUGGACAUGGUGGUGGUGGGGAGGAGGGUGGACAUGGUGGUGGUGCGGUGGAUGGGGCAGAGGGGAAUCAAGAGGAUGAAGAUGAUGACAAUGAAAAUGGUGAUGAUGCUAUCUCUGCAAUAGUGGCUGCUGCCAUUAGGCAUGCGAAGUUGAUGAUGAAAAAUGCAUGGAGAGCUGUAGUUCUAACCGCAGGUUUUCGUCUAGCGAUCACACUUGCGUCUUUCAUAAGGAUUAUUUACCUCUCCUUUUCAACUGCAAACAAUCCAAUGCCCCGAAGCUUGCUACGUCAAAGAAUAGCAAGAGAUUGGGUGGCUAUAAAUGUUGUUGAUGAUGAUGUGUGGAUGGAUGCUUUUCUUGACCUUUUCUUUGCAUUGUCUCUUGCUCUGGCACAUUUCGAGGAAGAUCAGUUGUGGUUAGACACUGAGGCCUGACACGUCUACAAACAUUUAUGGAAGCAAGGGCGCAUUUUUAUGACAUCCGCCAAGGAUGAAGACUACUCCGACCACUUUCUCUGGGUUAUGUAUCAAUGCCAACGAACAUCACAAGGAGUCUUUGUUCACUUGUUCUGUGGUGUCUUUGUCAAAGGAUGCAUUUAUUGUAUUGACAAUUUUGUGGUGAAUGACAAGAGAAGAUAAUAUGUUGUGGGAGACUGAAGUUACUUAGCAUCUUUUUACCACUACUAUUGUGAAAUUUUCUGUUGAUGGAAUGGCAAAUAUCCCAAUGCACCAUUUUGUUCUGCUAGAGUUUUCUACAGAUUGAGGCUUUUAUCAGCAAAUCAUAUAGGCUUCUCUUACCGAGAAAUGUAUCAGAGUUGCAUUAAUUUUCCAAGUCCAAGAAGGAGGAAAAACCAGCUCUAACUCCAUUGUUGAGCCAAGAAAGGAGAAGGAGAAACAAGAAGUAUCAAGGUUUCCAAAUCAUAAGCUCAAAAACGCAGCAGCCACUUUAAGGAAUAUCCGGAAGGUAGCGUAGAGAAGGUUCGGCAUUGGAAUGUUGAAAUUAGUGAGUUAAUCGUCGGAAUCGUGUUCAUCGAUAUAUUCAAAGUUCUGGACAGCAACUUUCCCUUGACUUCAGGUCCGAUUUACGCUAUCUUACAUAUGUUAACUCGAAAUACUUUCCACACGAGAGUUAUAGCCUUACAUCUUAGGAAUCCACAGAAUCAAGCGGUUUGCAUUUCCGUGAAGAAACGAUGAAGAUAUGCCCAAAAUACCGCAGGCUGUCCAGUUGUGACGGAAAUGACAAAGUUGGCGAAUUUCAAUGUUGUUUCCACUCCCGCUCAUCCGUAAGGUUUCGGCCUAUGAUUUCCAGGUCUGUACCCUUGCGUUAGACUUGUCGAAUCAUUCAUCACAUACAUACAUGAACAUAUAUGUUAUUCCAUAUGUUAAAACCAUUCCAAAAUAUAUGUGUGAUGCAUAU